AGCAUGGUCCAGCGUGUGGCCGUGAUCGGGGCUGGGGCUGGGGGCUUGGCCUCUGUCAAGUGCUGCCUGGAGGAGGGGCUGGAGCCCACCUGCUUCGAGAGCAGCGAGGACAUCGGCGGCAUCUGGCGCUACACGGACUCCACAGACAGCAGGAGAGUCAGCGUGUACCGCUCAGUCAUCACCAACACCUCCAAGGAGAUGUCCUGCUUCAGCGACUUCCCCUUCCCCCAGGAUUUUCCCAGUUACCUGCCCCACGGCCUCAUCCUGGAAUACCUCAGGAUGUACGCCCGGCACUUCGACCUCCUGCGGCACGUGCGCUUCCAGACAACAGUUCUCAGCGUGAGAAAGUGCCCGGAUUUCACCACCUCAGGCCAGUGGGAGGUGGUCACCGAGGCUGGUGGUGUCCGUGAGUCCCACGUCUUUGAUGCUGUCCUGGUUUGCACCGGCCAUUACCAGGAGCCCUACUUGCCACUGGCUUCUUUCCCAGGCAUUGAAAGUCGCUUCAAAGGGCAGCGCCUGCACAGCCGGGAGUACAGAGAUGUGCAGGCUUUCCGAGGAAAGCGGGUCCUGGUGGUCGGCAUUGGCAACACCGGCGGUGACCUCUCCGUGGAGCUGAGCCGUGUGGCUGCCAAGGUGUUCCUCAGCACCAGGAGCAACACGUGGGUCCUCAGCCGGGUCUCAGACCAUGGCUUCCCCCUCGACAUGGUCGGCACCACCCGCUUCAGCCACCUCCUGGAGUGGUUUCUGCCAUCAGCCCUCAUGAGGAGGAUCAGGUUUCGGAGGUUCAAUUCAUGGUUCAGCCACGCAAACUACGGCUUGGCUUCCAGCAAAAGCUCCAAAUUUAAGGUGAUUAUCAAUGAAGAGCUGCCAUUCUGCCUCCUCUCUGGAACUGUGGUGCUGAAGCCAAACGUGAAGGAGUUCACUGAAAGCUCUGCUGUUUUUGAAGAUGGGACAACUGAAGAAAACAUUGACGUGGUGCUCUUUGCCACGGGCUACAAAUUUUCAUUCCCCUUCCUCGAGGAGUCUCUCAGCAGCACCAUCGAUGACAACCGUUCCCUCUACAAAUGCAUCUUCCCUCCCCAGCUGGAAAAGCCCACACUGGCCAUCAUUGGCCUGAUCCAGCUGACAGGCUCCAUUAUGGUGGGGUCAGAAAUGCAGGCUCGCUGGGUGACAGGGAUCUUUGCAGGCUGGAACAAGCUGCCUCCCCCCAGCAGGAUGAUGGCUGAGGUUCUGAAGAGGAAGCCACCAGUGAAAAGGAAUCCAUCUGAGAGAGAGAACCUGAAGAUGAGUUUUAUCAGCUACAUGGACAAAAUCGCUACAUGUGCUGGAGUAAAGCCCAGCGUGUCAAGACUGCUCCUGACAGACCCCCAGCUGGCCCUGGCCAUCUUUUUUGGGCCCUGCUCACCCUACCAGUACCGGCUGGUGGGACGGGGCAGCUGGAGCGGGGCCAGAGCUGCCAUCCUGACCCAGUGGCAGCGCACGCUGAAGCCCUUGAGAACUCGGGUGGUGGGUGACAACUCUGACAGCUCCUCCAGCUGGAGCUGGAUGUGCCUCCUGGCUCUGCCAGCUGCUCUCACAGCAGCUUUCCUCUUCUCCAAAUACUCCUGGGCAGGUCCCCAGCUGUAG